AUGUCACAGUGGUCGCAAGCUUCCCUCACGCCGUCUCGACCAGCCCCUGCACCACCAGGAGCGCGCGGCUCUCCCUCCAGUUUACCACCAUCAAGAUCCAAUGGCCGUCUACCAGCUGUUGCUGCGACUCCAAUCUACACUUCCAAGUCGUAUGCCAACUCCUUCCCAACAAUGCAAACUGGCAAUAAAGGGCCCAGCGAUGUCUCAAGUGCUAUCAUCCGGAUGGGAGCUGCAAAUAUGAAGGAGGAAGGUCUGCGCAGCUUCCUGUGGAGUAAGCGAUGGCUUGUGCUCACCGUGUCCGAGUUGCAGAUAUUCAAGAACGAACAAUCUUCUUCGCCCUCCGUUGUUUGUCAACUGGCUGAGGUUGUGGAUGUCCAGCGCGUGGAUCUCAAACCCUUCUGUGUCGAGGUGGAGAUGAAGGACAAGAAGUUGCUGUAUUUCGCGUUCCGGUCGGACGAAGAAGUCUAUGGGUGGAUGGACGACAUCAACUCGCGCUCACCACUUAUGGGCGUUAGUCAACCGAUCAACUUUGUGCACCAAGUUCAUGUCGGUUUCGAUCCAGUAUCCGGGGGAUUCAUCUGGACGAAGCUGCUCACGUCCUCAGCCAUCACCCAGGAGGAUGCAGCUCGCGAUCCCGAAGCUGUCGUAGAUGUGCUGCAGUUUUAUAUCAACCAGCAGCUGGGACAGUCUUCGCAACAGUUUUAUGGAGCCGGACCUAUCUAUCCUCAAGACACCUCCGUGGGCAAGGGCCGAUUCAAUGGCUUGGGUCUCGGUGGGCAAGGUCCCUCUAGCUCGGCGCCGACACCUCUUCCGUCCUCGGCGGGUCCUCCUCAGAAAGAUUUGUCGUCGCACUCUCAUGCCCAGGUUUCUCGAAGCCCCGACGCUGCUCGUGAAGAUAGGACGCAGCUGGUCGCAGAGCGCAAGGCCCCCCCACCCCCGCGACCAGCUCAGCCCACGCCUCCGGUAGCGGAAGUCAAGACACCCGCUGCUGUGACAGAGCCAGUUGCGCCUCCAUCGUCGCGGACCAAACCGUCGGAGCCGCCUGCCCCCCCAGCAGUUGCACCGACUCCCGCAGCCCCGUCACGUCAUGUGGAGAAGCGCAUUAGCACUAUGAACGAAGCACAGAUCAUGGACAAGCUUCGGUCAGUUGUCAGCGCCGAUGAUCCCUCGACGAUCGCAUCUGGAAUGGUCUUCGUUGCAAAGACCAUCAACACCGGGAAGAAGGUGGCCAUCAAGCAAAUGGACUUGGCUCAGCAGCCUCGCAAGGAGCUUAUCGUGAACGAGAUCAUCUUCAUGAAGGAAUCUCGCCACCCAAAUGUCGUUAAUUUUUUGGAGGCGUUCUUGGUCAAGAGCACUGAGCUCUGGGUCGUCAUGGAGUAUAUGGAGGGUGGCGCGCUCACGGACGUCAUCGAGAACAACAAGCUCUCAGAGGAGCAAAUUGCAUCAAUCUGUCUUGAGACCUGUAGAGGAUUGCAACAUCUUCACUCCCGUUCAAUCAUUCACCGCGACAUCAAGUCUGAUAAUCUCUUGAUGAAUGCGUUCGGAGAAGUCAAGAUCACGGACUUCGGCUUCUGCGCCAAACUCACGGAUCAGAAAUCCAAGCGUGCAACCAUGGUUGGGACCCCAUACUGGAUGGCACCGGAAGUGGUGAAGCAAAAGGAGUAUGGAGCCAAGGUCGAUAUUUGGUCUUUGGGUAUCAUGGCGAUUGAGAUGAUCGAAAACGAACCGCCGUACCUGGAUGAGGAACCGUUGAAGGCCUUGUAUCUGAUCGCCACAAAUGGUACUCCUACCCUCAAGCAGCCCGACAAAUUGAGCCAAGACUUGAAGCAGUUUUUAAGCGUCUGCCUUUGCGUUGAUGUCAAUUUCCGCGCUACUUCAACGGAGCUGCUCAAGCACCCCUUCCUUCGACUGGCAUGUCCUGUCAAAGAACUUGCACCUCUGUUGCGCUUCCGACAGACCUUGCCUAAGGCCACUUCCUCCAAGACUGCGGGCAAGCCCCUGCACAAGUUCUACGUCGACUACUCUGUCCCUGCCAACGACAACGUUUUCGACCCUGCCGCGUUCGAGAAGUUCCUUCACGACCGCAUCAAGGUCGACGGCAAGCCUGGCCAGCUUGGUGACUCUAUCCAGCUGUCGAAGGAGGGUAACAAGCUCGUCCUGACCUCGAACAUCCCCUUUUCGAAGCGCUACCUCAAGUACCUUACCAAGAAGCACCUCAAGAAGAACUCGUUCGAGAACUUCCUCCGCGUCGUCGCCACCUCGAAGGACACCUACUCUCUCCGCUACUUCAAGGUUGACCAGGACGACGUUGACGACGAGGAGUAA